AGGAAAUAGGAGUAACAAAAUACUUCCAAAGAAAAAAACGUCAAACCCCGACAACUCCCGCCAUUUCCCCUCUCUAUCGACUAGCUUCCCACCACUCUUCCUCUCUCUAAAAAAGCACAUAAACAGACGCGCCACCCGCAAUCGUCCACCACUCCUCCAAUUGAUGCUCAGGCUCCGUCCAUGCGUCUCUAUACGCUCCAUUUACUCCACGCGCCACUCCAAGCUUCUCUCUCCUCUCAUUCCCUCUCUCUUCUUCUCUAAAUCCCCAUCAUUUCUAAAAACCCACACUCUCUCUCUAAACCCUAAUUCCACAAUGUCCUCCUCUCGCCCCUCCGCCUUCGAUGCUCUCAUGUCCAACGCACGUGCCGCCGCCUCCGCUAAGAAAAAAACCCAACCCCAACCCCAAUUAAAACCCAGCUCCCCCAAAAAACGCAAAACCCUAGACCAUCCUCAAAACCCUGAUAAAACCCUCAGUUCCGUACAAAAUCCCCAAACUGAUGAAUCUAAAAAGCUAAUUAACACUCCAGAUUCAUCGAAUGAGCCUAAAUCAGAACCAAAUUCUAGGUCUGAUAGCUUAUUAAAAGUCAAUGAAUCGAAUAAACUGAGAGUUGAGGAUAAAAAUACGGAGUUGAAGAGCAAGAUUGUGUUGUUAAAGAAGAAAGCUGGGGAUUUUAAGCCGGAGAUGGUGGCUAAUUGGGAGAAAGGAGAGAGGGUUCCGUUUAUAUUUGUUUCUUUGGCUUUUGAUUUGAUAGCGAACGAGACAGGGAGGAUUGUGAUUACUGAUAUUGUUUGUAAUAUGUUGAGGACUGUAAUGGAUACUACUCCGGAGGAUUUGGUGGCUGUGGUUUAUUUGUUAGCUAAUAAGGUUGCCCCUGCGCAUGAGGGAGUGGAACUUGGGAUUGGGGAAGCUUUGAUUAUUAAGGCGCUGGCGGAGGCGUGUGGGAGGAAAGAGAAGGAGGUUAAGAAGCAGUAUAAGGACUUGGGAGAUUUGGGCCUUGUUGCAAAAGCAAGUCGGUCAUCCCAAUCUAUGAUGCGCAAGCCUGAUCCAUUAACAAUUACUAAAGUUUUCAACACAUUUCAACAGAUUGCUAAGGAAUCCGGGAAGGAUAGUCAAGACAAGAAAAAGAACCAUAUCAAGGCACUUCUUGUUGCAGCCACAGACUGCGAGCCUCUGUAUCUAAUUCGUCUGCUUCAGACAAAGUUGAGAAUUGGAUUGGCAGAACAGACUCUUUUGGCUGCCCUGGGACAAGCUGCUGUAUAUACUGAAGAGCAUUCUACUCCUCCUCCACACAUUCAGUCUCCUUUAGAAGAGGCUGCAAAGAUUGUUAAACAAGUUUACUCUGUGCUUCCUGUCUAUGAUAAAAUAGUCCCUGCUCUUCUUAGUGAUGGCGUAUGGAAUCUUCCCAAGACAUGCAGCUUCACACCUGGUGUUCCAGUUGGACCUAUGCUGGCAAAACCAACCAAAGGGGUUUCUGAGAUAGUAACUAAAUUUCAGGAUAUGGAAUUCUCCUGUGAAUACAAGUAUGAUGGAGAACGUGCCCAGAUACAUUACUUGGAGAAUGGUUCGGUUGAGAUAUAUAGUCGAAAUUCUGAGCGAAAUACUGGAAAAUUUCCUGAUGUUGUUGCUGUAAUUUCCCGAUUAAAGAGGCCCUCAGCAAGCUCAUUUAUUCUGGAUUGUGAACUAGUUGCGUAUGAUAGAGAAAAAAAGAAAAUUCUCCCCUUUCAGAUCCUCAGCACCCGGGCCCGAAAAAAUGUGGUGAUGAGUGAUAUCAAGGUUAAUGUUUGCAUAUAUGCCUUCGACAUGUUGUAUCUUAAUGACCAACCACUUAUUCAGAAAGAACUGAAAGUUCGUAGAGAGCAUCUUUACAGUUCAUUCGAGGAAGAACCUGGAUUUUUUCAGUUUGCAACUGCAAUAACAUCAAAUGAUCUUGAAGAGAUACAAAAAUUCCUCGACACUGCUGUUGAUGCCAGUUGUGAGGGUUUAAUCAUCAAAACAAUGAAUAAGGAUGCUACAUAUGAACCUUCAAGGCGAUCACAUAACUGGCUGAAAUUGAAGAAAGAUUAUAUGGAAAGUAUUGGAGACUCACUAGAUCUAGUGCCUAUUGGUGCUUUCCAUGGUCGUGGAAAACGUACAGGUGUCUAUGGUGCUUUUCUCCUUGCUUGUUAUAAUAGCAACAACGAAGAAUUCCAGAGCAUAUGUAAAAUAGGCACUGGAUUUUCUGAACAAGUGCUUGAGGAACGUUCUGCUAGUCUCCGUUCACAAGUGAUUCCCAAACCAAAGUCAUACUAUAGAUUUGGAGAUACUAUUAAACCAGAUGUGUGGUUUGAACCCAAGGAGGUGUGGGAGGUGAAAGCAGCAGACUUGACUAUUAGCCCUGUUCAUCGUGCUGCAAUUGGUGAAGUUGAUCCUAACAAGGGAAUUUCACUAAGAUUUCCACGUCUUGUUCGAGUUCGAGAAGACAAGUCUCCAGAGCAAGCCUCAUCAUCAGAGCAGGUUGCUGAGAUGUAUAAUGCCCAAAAGCAUAAUCAUCAAAACAAUCAAGAUGACAAUGAUGAUGAUGAUUGAAGGAUAGGAUUCUGGUGUCAUUUCCAGACAAGUUUCCCUGUAAAGACCAGCAAUGUUGUGGCAAACCCUUACCAUUCCAUAACCCAUUGACUCCUUGUCUUUGAGCCUCCAUGCUCGAAGGACUGCUCAAUCAUAACUACCAGAUCCGUCCCCCUUUGCAUGCUGCACUCAAAAGCAGCCAGAGAUUACUUUAUUGUAGUUGUAUUUGGAGAAAAGAAAAUCAUGUGUACGCUAUUUGAAAUUUUGAUGAUGUACAGUUUGAAUUUAGUCAAUAAUAGUUUAUCAGAUAUGGCUGUUUUGAUUAUAAAAAAAAAAAAAGAGUAAUCUCAAGGCACGCAUCUGCAUAAUGUUAAGAAAUUAGUGUUAGUGGUUAGUAAUUUGUGAGAUGGAAUUUGUAUUAUCAUGAUCGAAUGAAUUAGUCAUCGCUAUAAAGAGUAAAUGCUCUGGUAAA